CACUGAGUGGGCACCGUUCUGUAGUCUGUACUAACUUGGCAACACUCUCUUCUCUACUCUCGAUCCAAAACCCAUUCUGCUCGUCUUCUUCUUACCUUUAGACUCUCUGAAUGUGGAAACCAUAAGCUUCUUCUUUCGAAACAGCAAUCUGUUGAAGUACAAGGGCACAAUGGGUUGCACGCAGUCAAAUAUAGACAAUGCAGAGUCUGUCUCGCUUUGUAAAGACCGCAGGAACUUAAUGAAAGAAGCCGUUGUAGCUCGCAAUGCUUUCGCCGCUGGUCACUCUGGCUACGCUGUUUCUCUCAAAAAUGUUGGCGCCGCGUUGAGUGAGUACGCCCAAGGCGAAGCUGAGUACAACCAAGAAGAGUCACUUCAGCCGGUGGACGCUACACCUGCUCCUCCUCCUCCACCGCCGCCACCGUCCUCCAUCGAGCGCCUCCCGCCUCCCCCUCCACCGCCCCCCAACUUCUCCCCCAGUCCCAUCAAGCGCGCCUUUAGCUUGCCCUCGAUCCCUAGAAAGCACACGCACGAAAUCGAUCACGGUGCCAUUAUCGAAGAGGACGAUGGCGUGGACAACGACGACGAAGAAGAAGACGAAGUGGAAGCGCGUGGGAACAACGGCGACAAACUUAAGAACAAAAAACAACUAAACAAGGGUGUAGGUAGGUCCCACGGAGAAAUGAUGUCGUCAGCUACGACACUGCCGAGAACUCCGGUGAUGACGUCCGUACCGAAGGCCGCGUGGGAUUAUUUCUUUAUGGUGGACGAGCACUUGGCUGGAACAAGUACGUUGGAUACUGAGGAGCUUCAUCAUAUAAAUAAUAUUUCAGUAACAAUGGAGGAAAAGAACCGUAAUAAUAUUAUUCAUAAUAAUAAGAAUAUUGGUGCUGGCAAUGAAGAUAAUUAUAAUAUUAGUAAUAUUAAUAAUAAUAUUAGUAAUGAUAAUAUGAAUGUUAGUGUUCGUGUUAAUGGCAAAGAGCUUGAAAAGGCUGAAGAAAAAGUCAUCGAGCAUGCCAAAACGGCUCCUCCAGAGUUCAGUAGUAGGAAAGCUGGUGUGAAUUUGAUGCAUAUGUUGAGCCAGAUUGAUGACCAUUUCUUGAAGGCUUCACAGUCUAGUUACGAGAUUUCCAACAUGCUUGAGACCACCAAGGUUCAUUACCACUCUAAUUUUGCUGACAAUCGAUCAUUUGUUGAUCAUUCUGCAAGGGUCAUGCGGGUUAUUACUUGGAAUAAGUCCUUUAGAGGUAUCUCCAAUGGUGAAGGUGGGAAGGAUGAGGUGAAUCUAGAAGAAUCGGAAACUCUUGCUAAUGUUUUGGAUAAGAUGUUAGCAUGGGAGAAGAAACUUUAUGAAGAGGUUAAGCAAGGUGAGCUGACGAAGAGGGAGUAUCAGAGGAAGAUUAAAGUGCUAAAUAAGCACAAGAAACGUGGAGCUACUGCAGAAUCAUUGGAAAAAACGAAAGCAGCUGUGGCUUAUUUGCACACAAGAUUCAUAGUUGACAUGCAGUGUAUGGAUUCCACAGUUACAGAAGUAAAUUGUUUACGUGAUGAGGAGUUGUACCCAAAACUUGUUGCUCUUGUUGAUGGGAUGUCUAAAAUGUGGAAAACUAUGAGUGAACAUCAUGACAGCCAGCUGGAGAUUGUUACAGACCUCAAGUCCCUUGAAGUUACAAAUGCUCCCAGGGAAACAACCAAGCAGCAUUAUGAUCGCACUAGACAACUCUGUAGUAGUGUUAAUCUAUGGCACUCACAGUUUGAAAAGCUUGUGAACCAUAAAAAACAGUUUAUCCAAUUUCUGAACAGCUGGUUAAAGUCAAAUCUCAUCCCCAUUGAAAGCAGCUUAAAAGAGAGAGUCUCAUCCCCAUCAAGGCCCCCAAAUCCCCCAAUCCUAGCCCUCCUUCAUUCAUGGAACGAUAAUCUUGAAAAGCUUCCGGAUGAGCUAGCCAAAUCUGCAAUUUCCUCCUUUGCUGCUGUGAUAAACACCAUAAUUCUUCUUCAGGAGGAAGAGAUGAAGCUGAAGGAAAAGUGUGAUGAAACCAGGAAAGAAUAUAUUCGAAAGAGCCAAGCAUUUGGUGAAUGGUGCCACAAGUACCAAAAGAGAAAUGCAUCCAGUGAAUCAGAAGCAGGGAAGAGUGAAGAUGCAAAUGUGAAGGAUGCUGUUAUGGAGAGGCAAUUUGUGGUUGAGAGCUUGAAGAAGAGGUUGGAUGAGGAAGUUGAAGAUCACAACAGACAUUGUCUUCAAGUCAGAGAAAAGUCUCUAGGGAGUCUUAAGAUCCGCUUGCCUGAGCUGUUCCGUGCCAUGUCAGACUAUACUCAUACCUGUUCCGAUGCUUAUGAAAGACUGAGAACCCUCAUCCAAUCACAGAAUACCAAUGGUGGUUCUGCACACUAACUCAGCCCAGUUAUUCAAGUAAUUCUGAUAAAGUUAGACCUUGUUCAUCUGUAGUUUUAGUAAGGAAUGUUUUUUAUUUUCUUGAGAAUGCAUAUCAAUCCUUGUUCUAGAGUGGAGAAGUUUUGUUCUUGUAUUAAUUUUGGCUCUAUGCUAGUUGGAUUUUCUGAUGAUUAAAAUGAAAAGUGCAGCAACACUAUACUGUUCCA